AUGGACGGUCCUCUCCGCCGCCCAGCAGGGAUCCUUGGCUCCCCCACGGCUUCAGGGAGCCAACCUGCGGGCUCAGAAAUGCUCACCUCCGGCGGCAGCAGCAGCAAGCCUCUCGCUUUCUCCAUCGACCGGAUUAUGGCCAGGACACCCGAGCCCAAGUCAAUACCGCUCCCCAACUGGUUUCAGUCCGCUCCAGUGGGGAAACCCGAAGCAUAUCCGUCCUCGCUGCAUUGCAUGAUCCCGCUGGUACCGCUCGGCUAUGAGCCGGGCCACCGGCUCAGUAUCACAGGACUGGAUCCGGGCCACUUAGACGCGUCUUCUCUCCCGGCUCCCGCAGAAUUUUUGGGGUUUGGGCUAAACUAUAAAAAUCAACAAGAAGACUCUGCUGUCAGCCAAACGACCGGGCAGUACAAACUCUUCAGACCCAGGGUGGUAAACCAGUCCUCCUUUCCCACGAUGGGCACUGUUUGCUACCUGAAUUGCAGCGGGGAUUCCGGAGCGUGUCCACCGCCGGCUGGCCUGGUGAACCUGCACCCUAUGGCCUCGUACCUGUUCACUGCCCGACAUAAAGCCUUCAUGGCAGAGAAGAGCAAGCCCGGCCUGCAACAGGCCGCGGAGCGGUACGCGGGUUCCGGCGUGCAGGCCUUCAAGGAUCUAUCUCCGAACCAGAUUCACUACAUAAAGCAGAGGGACCAGAUCCUGAGUGACAAGAUUUUCAAGGGCUCCGCGACAGCUGCAGCGGCAAGCGCCAGGCUCAGCGGCUCCUGUCCCGGUAGCAAGCCCAAAGUUUUUACCUGUGAGGUCUGCGGUAAGGUCUUUAACGCGCACUACAACCUGACCCGCCACAUGCCCGUACACACAGGCGCUCGACCAUUCGUGUGCAAAGUUUGCGGGAAGGGAUUCCGACAGGCCAGCACGCUGUGCCGGCACAAAAUCAUCCACACUCAGGAAAAGCCUCACAAGUGUAACCAGUGCGGAAAAGCCUUUAACAGGAGUUCAACCCUCAACACGCACACACGCAUCCACGCGGGAUACAAACCAUUCGUGUGCGAGUUCUGUGGGAAAGGAUUUCACCAAAAAGGAAACUACAAAAACCACAAGCUGACACACAGUGGCGAGAAGCAGUUCAAGUGCUCCAUCUGCAGCAAGGCAUUUCAUCAGGUGUACAACCUCACCUUCCACAUGCACACCCACAACGAUAAGAAGCCCUUCACCUGCCCCACCUGUGGCAAGGGCUUCUGCAGGAACUUUGACCUGAAGAAACACGUCAGAAAGCUACAUGACCCAGCCGGCGCGCAGUCUCCCUCGCAGAUGUAAAACCUGAACAUUGACUCUGAAC